AUGCGUUUUACCGAAUCUUCUCUUCUCUUUGCACUCUCCGCUGUGACGAUCGUUUCCGGUGAGAAGACCUACCAGAAGUUGGCUUCGCAGGGCUCACCUUUUCCUGCGACGAGCAACGUCAAAACCUUGUACAAAGGCUUGACUUCCAACAACCAACUGAUGGCCCGUCAGGGCUCUGCUGGCGGCUCUAACUAUUGCUCCGGUGUUGGUGCCACCUGCGUCAGUUGUUUUGGACCUGGAUACACUGAAUGUUCUGAUGGUUUUAAUUGCUACAACCCCAGCGAUCCAACCAGUACAUGCUCUAUCUCUUCUGGCUCUGGCUCUGGUUCUGGCUCUGGUUCUGGCUCUGGUUCUGGCUCUGGUUCUGGCUCUGGUUCUGGCUCUGGCUCUGGCUCUGAUUCAAGUUCAGGUUCAGGUUCCAGCUUUGAUUAUUGCUCCAGUGGCACCUGCGUCAGUUGCUUUGGACCUGGAUACAUUGAAUGUUCUGAUGGUUUUACAUGCUACAACCCCAGCGAUCCAACCAGUAGCUGCUCUAUCUCUUCUGGCUCUGGCUCUGGUUCUGGCUCUGGCUCUGGCUCUGGCUCUGGCUCUGGCUCCGAAUCAACUGCUACCACCACAGACGGCCUCUCCAGCUCAAUAUCAAGAACUGCCACCACCACCACCGACGGCCCCUCCAGCUCAACAUCAAGCUCGGGACUCAGGUCUGGAUCUGGUAGUAUUCUAGAUCCUGCAUCUGACACAAGCACCAGCGCAGCGCCAUCUCAUACGAGUAGCACAUCAUCCUCGGGCUCUUCGAGCAGCUCUAUAUCACCCGGAAGCUCCGGCUCAUCAGGCAGUUCUGGCUCAUCAAGCAGUUUUGGAGCACCCAGUGCCGGAGCUCUCGUUCUUUCCCUUGGACUGAGUUGCUUUUUUGCCUUGUUUGCUAUGUAA